AGGCGGAAGCGGAAGCCGGAAGCGCAGUCCCGGGAGCGAUGGCAGCCGGUGGCGGUCUGAGCCGCUCGGAGCGCAAGGCGGCUGAGCGGGUCCGGAGGCUGCGAGAGGAGCAGCAGCGGGAGCGCCUCCGCCAGGUGUCACGCAUUCUGAGGAAGGCGGCUGCAGAGCGCAGCGCGGAGGAGGGCCGGCUUCUGGCCGAGAGCGAGGAUCUGGUGACCGAGCUGCAGGGUCGGAGCCGGCGGCGUGAGGGCCUCAAGCGGCGCCAAGAGGAGGUGUGUGAUGACCCAGAGGAACUGCGGAGGAAGGUCCGCGAACUGGCGGGAGCUGUCCGGAAUGCCAAACACUUGGUGGUCUACACAGGCGCUGGGAUCAGCACGGCGGCUUCUAUACCAGAUUAUCGGGGUCCUAAUGGGGUAUGGACACUGCUUCAGAAAGGAAGAAGUGUGAGUGCUGCUGACCUAAGUGAGGCAGAGCCUACUCUCACCCACAUGAGCAUCACCCGUUUGCAUGAGCAAAAGCUGGUGCAGCAUGUGGUGUCUCAGAACUGUGACGGGCUCCACCUGCGCAGCGGGCUGCCACGGACUGCCAUCUCGGAGCUCCAUGGGAAUAUGUAUAUAGAAGUGAGCAGUACCAGAGGGACGCAGGGCCUGGGUGACAGGAAGGUCUCGCUCACUGUGCUCUCUCCUCCUCAGGUCUGCACCUCCUGCAUCCCUAAUAGGGAAUAUGUGCGAGUGUUUGAUGUGACGGAGCGUACUGCCCUUCACCGACACCAGACUGGCCGGACCUGCCAUAAGUGUGGGACUCAGCUGCGGGACACCAUUGUGCACUUUGGGGAGAGGGGGACAUUAGGGCAGCCUCUGAACUGGGAGGCAGCGACUGAGGCUGCUAGUAAAGCAGACACGAUCCUGUGUUUAGGGUCCAGCCUGAAGGUACUAAAGAAGUAUCCUCGCCUCUGGUGCAUGACGAAGCCUCCAAGCCGGCGGCCCAAACUCUACAUUGUGAACUUGCAGUGGACCCCAAAGGAUGACUGGGCUGCUUUGAAGCUUCAUGGGAAAUGCGAUGAUGUAAUGCAGCUCCUCAUGGAUGAACUGGGCCUGGAGAUCCCGGUCUACAACCGGUGGCAAGACCCCAUUUUCUCCUUGGCAACUCCCCUCCGCGCUGGUGAGGAAGGCAGCCACAGCAGGAAGUCGCUGUGCAGAAGCAGAGAAGAGGCCGCGCCUGGGGACCAGAGCGCCCCGCUCAGCUCGGCGCCCCCCAUCCUGGGAGGCUGGUUUGGGAGGGGCUGCGCCAAGCGUGUGAGAAGGAAGAAAGCGGCAUAGCCGGGCUUCGGCAGAACAGUUGGCACUUUGCAGACGGCUUUGAGUCUUGUUCAGGGCCUGUGUCACCGUGAAGGCUGCAGGGCCCCACAGGACCUGGUGGGAAGAACUCUCGCGGGUGACAUUUCACGGUGACGUUUUCUUAGCCAUUUGCCCUCGUGGGAAGCCUCCCUUGCACUGUUGUGAUUGCCCCAAGUGGGCGUGACUUUCAAGGACACCUCCCUCCCACCCACCCCUGUACAAAGGUGGCAGCAAGGCCUUAGUGGAAACAGAGCUCCGGUCCACCCCGGCCUGGCCAGCAGAGGAGCCCACCACUGCCUUACCUCACUCUCCAGGCUAGUCUCAGGGCCUCCCUAUUUCUACUACUUAACUACUAAAAGUGUUCACUUUAUAGAAACCUUUUUCUGUGUUGAGUAUGCGGCACAGGGGCGGAUCUAAGCCUCCAGUCUGAGCAAGUCUUAUUAAACAUCUCUCUACUGCC